GUAUGAAAGUGAAAUGUUUUAAAAUUGUUGUAUGGAGUUGUAAUAGACCUCAAACCUGAGGGGUUACUAUGUAAUUUACCCUAUAUAUAUAUAUAUAUAUAUAUAUAUCCCUAGUUGGGACGUACAAGGACUCAUCCAUGACUGAAUGUGUAGGCUCCUUUAUUUCAGUCAUUUAAUGGGCUAAAGUUUGCAGAUCUAGCAGUAGAUCAGUGUGCUCCCUCCCUCCACACUUAGUUCGAAUCCCGCUCCUUAUAGCGUAGAUUAGAUUUAUUAGAUUAUCAGUUGAGAAUCUAAGAUCAUUUGUUGCUCUUCUAGAGCACGGUGUAGAACUUCAUAUAUAGCUCAAAGUUGAUGCUCUCCUACAAAUUGCUACCACGAUGGGGGCCAAAUAUUGGAGUUUCGAAGCUGCUGCUGGCGCUUGCCGAAUUGACAUGGUGGGUGUAACAGAGAAGCAACCAAAGGGAUCCCAGAAAAAUGUCGAUUGCGUAUGCAACUUUGAGAACAACACUGUUUGUCAUGUCGUAAAACUAAUGAUCAAGGGUUAUAGUUUACCGGGUAUGCUUCCACCUCAACUCGUCAGACUUCCUUACCUCCAAGAAAUCGAUUUUUCUUACAACUAUCUCAAUGGUACAAUACCAAGGGAAUGGGCUUCGAUGAAGUUAACCUACAUUUCUGUUCUUGCCAAUCGCUUAUCAGGCAAAGUGCCAAAGGAGUUGGGAAACAUUACCACUCUGACAUUCCUGAACCUUGAAGCAAACCAGUUUUCGGGUAUUCUUCCAGCUGAGCUCGGGCAUUUGGUCAAUUUGCAGACUUUGUCUAUAUCCUCCAAUCAGCUGACUGGAAGCUUGCCACAGACGUUUUCCGGGCUAAGAAAUAUAAGAUGUUUCCGAAUGAAUGAUAACAACUUCAAUGGACCACUCCCGGAUUGGGUGCAGAAUUGGAAGCAACUCAAAAGAUUAGAAAUGCAUUCAAGUGGACUGGAGGGACCGAUCCCAUCAAAUAUUUCUCUUUUGAACAAUUUGACAGAGCUGAGGAUUAGUGACACAAAUGCACCAAGUCAGGAAUUUCCUACGCUGAGAUAUAUGACAGGCCUAGUAACAUUGAUUUUGAGGAACUGUAACAUUUCUGGAGAGAUCCCUGCAUAUAUCUGGUCCAUGAAGAACCUGGAGAUGUUGGAUCUCAGUUUCAACAAGCUAGUGGGUAAACUCCCAUCCACGAUAGGAGUUGAGCAUCUGAAAUUUGUCUUUUUGACUGGAAACCUGCUAAGUGGAAAUGUGCCAAAAUCAAUGUUGCGAGAGGGAAGUAAUGUCGAUUUGUCAUACAACAACUUCACGUUGCAAGGCCCUAAGCAACUGGAAUGUCAAGAACACUUGAAUCUAAAUCUGAACUUGUAUCGGAGCUCUUCAAAGGAGGACAACUUAAGGGGAGUUGUUCCAUGCCUGAAGAAUUUUAAGUGCCCACGAUCAGUUUCAAAGUGUAUGCAUAUUAAUUGCGGUGGAAGUGACGUAAUUGUCAAGGACAAGAAUCACAGGAACGUCACGUUUGAAGGAGAUGGAGGAGCUGAAGGUGGCAGUGCUAAAUAUUUUAGGAAUGAGAAAAGUAUGUGGGGAUUUAGUAGCACUGGUGACUUCAUGGAUGACUCAGAGCCGCAAAAUACACGCUACUCUAUAUCUCUGGUGUCUUCCAAUCUUUCUGAACUAUAUACAACAGCACGCCUAUCUCCGCUUUCACUUACUUAUUUCCACUAUUGUUUAGAAAAUGGAAUUUACACUAUAACUCUCCACUUUGCGGAAAUCAUGUUCACAAAUGAAGAAAGAUACAGUAGUCUUGGGAGGCGUAUUUUCGAUGUCUAUGUUCAGGAAAGGUUGGUGUGGAAGGAUUUCAAUAUCGAAUAUGAGGCAGGUAUGGCUCACAAGAGAUUAGUUAAGAAAGUAUCUAAUGUCAACGUGACAAGUAACGUCUUAGAGAUCCGAUUCUAUUGGGCUGGAAAAGGGACAAUGGUGAUUCCAGAGAAAGGAAAUUAUGGUCCCCUUAUAUCAGCCAUCUCUGUGGUUUCUGAUAUUAAACCUUGUAAAAAUGGUGGAACUGUGCGAACUAAUUAUAUCAUUGCCCGUGUUGGUGUUGGCACUGUUGGGGGAUUAUGCCUAACAAUCUUCAUGCUGGCAAUCCUUCGGUGGAAAGGAUGUUUGGGAGGAAAAAGGAGGAGACAACAAGAUAUUGUAGGACGAGAUAUGCAGACGCGAACUUUUACUUUGGAGCAAAUCAAAGCUGACAGCAACAACUUUGAUUCUGCAAACAAGAUUGGAGAAGGCGGUUUUGGCCCUGUCUACAAGGGUCAGCUACCUGAUGGUUCACUGAUAGCAAUUAAGCAGCUCUCAUCCAAUUCAAGGCAAGGAAAUCGCGAAUUUGUAAAUGAGAUGGGCCUGAUAUCUUGUUUACAGCACCCGAAUAUAGUGAAACUGCAUGGAUACUGCAUUGAAGAGGAUCACUUAUUGCUGGUGUAUGAAUACAUGGAAAACAAUAGUCUUGCACAUGCCUUAUUCAAUCAGGAGAACCAUCAGAUUAAAUUGGACUGGCCUACAAGGUUUAAGAUCUGCAUUGGGAUAGCAAGAGGUUUAGCUUUUCUCCAUGAAGAAUCAAGAAUCAAGAUUGUUCACAGAGACAUAAAAGCAACCAAUGUACUGCUGGAUGCGGAUUUGAACCCGAAAAUAUCCGACUUUGGAUUGGCUAAACUUUAUGAAGAGGAGAAAACACACAUUAGCACCAAAGUUGCAGGAACCAUAGGAUAUAUGGCACCGGAAUAUGCACUAUGGGGUCACUUGACCAACAAGGCAGAUGUUUACAGUUUCGGAGUUGUUGCCUUGGAAAUUGCUAGUGGGAAGAAAAACAACCAUGUGCCAAAUAACAUUUGCUUCUCUCUCCUAGACUGGGCCUAUGAGUUGCAACAAACUGGAAACUUGAAGGAGCUGAUUGAUGAGAGCUUAGGGAAUGAAGUCAAUGACAAAGAAGCAGAAGUUAUGGUUAAUGUCAUUCUGCUGUGCACAAAUGUGUCUCCAUCGCUUAGGCCUACCAUGUCCGAGGUGGUGAGCAUGCUCGAAGGACAAACACAAGUCCCGGACAUUAUCCCAGACGCGAGUACUUAUGCUGAAGAUUUGACGUUCAAAUCCAUGAGAGACGUACAUCAUCAAAGCCAAACACACAGUUCGAGUGGAAGGCAAUCUCAGAAUUCGGCAACUGUUAGUACAUUUUGCUCGUCCUCUUCAUCACAUCAGGCCAUGACUUGAAUUAAAUCCGACUUCUUAAAAUGGCUGUAGUUUCUAAGUUUAAAAGUGUAUGUACCAUACGAAAAUCUGACCUCUACCAUUGCUCUGUCUCUAUUUUUCGAA